ACCUUCACCUAAAACACACCGUAUCGGACGACAACGUACGAGCAUAUCCACAUACAUACCUACAUAUAUGUACCUACCUCUGCCUACCUAUACCUACAUUGGUACCUUACUAAACAACAUAUCACAAAAUGGGGAAAUCCGAAUUUCGAGAUUGGUGGCGUAGUCAGACAGCACAUCCCUCCCGUCUUCAGCCCACUGUGCCUAUCUGUCCGUGUGCGGCAUGCUUCAACGGCACCGGCCACGACCAAGAAGUAUCCGCCAACCCAAUCGAUCCUGGCGAGAUCCUACCGCUUCGAAAAAGCAAGAACACAGCUUCUUCCAUCGAGAAGCCAGUACCACAAUCGAAUGAGAAGGACGCCACCGACAUCACUCCUGUCAAGAAGCCGUGGUACAAGCAAGCCACCGGCCUAGCCCGAAAACCAAGCAGGGCAAGCAUCGCUUCGGAUCUAGCACCGUUAUGCUCGACAUCAACUACGCAAUCGUCAGAGCGAAUGAGUGUCGAAACUCUAGUUUAAGAGUUUAAUCGACAUGCCAAGAGAUCGUCGGGGCUAAGGCAGCGCCUUACGCAUCCCUGCAACCACGAUUUCCUAAUUGAACGACGCGAUGGAUGGAGGAAAAUACGGCGCAGGGGAGUUUUGAUGACCGAUUAUUAACGCGCGGUCGUAUAUUUCCGGAGGGAAUAGCUAUGGAAUAAGGCGUGUGGACAUGAUGUAAUGAGGGUGAGAAAAUAGGAAAAGGCGAACAAAAUCCCUGGAAAGUUUUGGACCUUACCGAGUUUUGUCCUCCUCGGGGAGUUUUGAUGGCGUUCGGUGGCUUAUCGAUAGAGCUUCCGC